AUGAUGGCAGGGUCAUAUUGCCAGAAUGGGUCGGUCAAUUUCUCUUCUGGUGCUGGGGAAUGCGGAAAGAGCACCGUUCUGAAGCAGAUGAGGAUUCUUCACGACCACGGAUUUUCUCAGGAGGAAGCCGAUCAGCAAAAAGGCGUUGUCUACAACAACACCGUGCAGGCGAUGGCAAUGAUUCUGAGGGCAAUGAAUAAUCUAAAAAUCACUUUCGACGAUCCAGCCAGAGAGAAUGAUUCUCGAGUGGUCCUGGACACGAUCAAAUCUGCCCAAGAAUCAGAACCAUUCACACCGGAACUGACCCAAGCGUUGAAAAACCUAUGGGCAGAUCCAGGAGUUGUAGCCGCAGUCAAUCGAGGCAAUGAGUUCCAACUCACUGAAAGCGCUCCACACUUUCUCGGCUCUAUUGAUCGUAUCGCAGCCAAGGACUAUAAACCCACCGAGCAGGAUAUUCUGCUUUCACGGAUAAAAACUACUGGUAUUGUAGAAGUGAAAUUUCAAAUGAAGAAUGUGGAUUUCCGGUAA